AUGUCUGACCCCCUCCUCACAUCUCUAUGUGGCAUUUGCCAUAUAUCAGUACCAAAAUACAAGUGUCCACGAUGUGGCGCUCGAACCUGUUCACUCGGAUGUAUAAAAAAACACAAAGCCUGGUCUGAAUGCUCUGGCGAACGCGAUGCGACAGCCUAUGUUGCCCCCUCGAAGCUUCGCACACCCGCCGGUGUCGACCACGACUACAAUUUCCUCCAUGGGAUCGAGCUUUCCGUCGAACGCGCCGAAAAGGUUCUUGUAGAAGAGCGCAAGAUCGUACAAGAAGAAGAAUUGCGCCCCAUGACGAUUCAAGAGGUCAAAUGGAAACCUGGGCGAGAUGGACGCAAGCGCAAAGUUCUAGUCACCAGAGUUUUGCAUGAGGCCAAAGGUCGAUCCUUUGAGCGAUACUUGGCUGCGCGACUGAAGAAGCUCAACAUCACUAUCAUGUGUGCGCCUACGGGCAUGGCCAGACAACGAGCGAAUCAUACGACACUUAACAGGCGGACGAUGAGGGUCAAUUGGCAGGUGGAGUGGAUGACUUUUGAGGAUGCGACAAAUACUGAGGCGGAGAAAAUAAGGGCUUUGUCUAAGGUUAUGGAUGACAUGCCACUAUAUCAAGCCUACCAUACGUUCUUGGAGGAGCAGCAGUCGGCGAAAGGAAAACAAUACAAGAAAAUCCCACGGACGGGCCUAGACGGGCAAUUGCAGGAUUCGACGAAUUCGACAUGGUCAUCUGGCUCGUUUGCACUUCAGGACCCAUUCUCACAGACUUGGAUGAACCAUCACGACACAGAGCCAGGCAUGUGGCCAUCGGAAAAGGACGAGGCUCAAAAACGGCAAUUUCAGUACCUCCUGGUCAACCACAGCUCACCUUCAGACAAACCCGUCGUCACGAAGCUUGACCCGGAAGAUUGUCUCCGCGAGAUUCUCAAGAACACACGCAUCCUCGAAUUUCCGACGAUAUGGGUACUCGAUCGUGAUCAAAGGCUCCCCUCAAACUUUACACUAGGACCUAAGGAUACUGUUUUAGAAGCCAGCAACAAGAGAAAAAACCCUUUCGGCAAGAAAGGUCCUAUGAAGCCGAACAAGAGAAAAAAUAAGGGCAAAAACGGGGAUAUAGAGGAAGGGGAGGUUAACAGCGAUGAAGAAGGGGACCAGUCGGAUGAUAACGCCGUUGGCCUUGAGGCAGGUGAUGUUAUUGCUGAGCAGAGUCUUGGGGAGGACAACGACGACGACAGCGAUGAUACGAGUAGCUCAGGAAGCGACAGUGAAUGA